AUGACAGAAGUGGGAAUGUGGGACCAAGAAAGAGAAAAACAACGGGGCAAGAAGAACCAAGAGGAAAAAUCGGCACUGCUGGCCCAGGAUCAGCCCUUGCCAACAGCCCCUCUGCAGGUCUCUGCUGGCUCCCGGGCAGGGACUCAAAGGCCGCAGGAAGGUGCCCCUGGAGAAGGCCCUGGAGAGCGCUGGGGCCAGGAGUGCCGCCAUGAGGGCAGCAAGCGGGGCCUGGCCUGUCCGUGCCUGCGGCAGGGCGCAGGGCGGGCGCUCGGGCCCUGCCAGCUGCAGCUGGGAGCUCUGCAGGGCGGCCGGCAGAGAGCCGUGGGCUCCCGCAGCUCUGCGGCCCUCACGGCUGAGGCAGCUGCCCAGACCAUGGAGCCCAUGGUAUUCCUUUUCAUGCUCUUGAAAAGCCUCAUCCAGUACCCACAGCACGUGGCUGACGCUUUGGAUGAGGAAACACGUCUGCGCAUGGAAGAGCGUGCAAAGCAUCUGGAAUGGGAGAGGAUUCAUCUGGAGCAGGAGGUGGAACAGCUCACCCAGGAGCAGCUGAAGCAGGUAGAGGAGGAUGAACAAGACAACCGUGGGGCAGAUGAAGAGGAAGCGGGCAAUGUUGCGGCUAACGACGAAGACAACGUUGGCAAUGAAGAUGUCAAUGAGGCUGCAGUUGCAGAAAACAACAACGAUGCUGCAAAUGAAGUCCAAGAAGAAGAAGAGGAUGAUUUUGAUGAUUUCCUUGGAGAAGUUGUAAUGGAGCGCAUCCAGUGGCCUGUACAGGACCUGCAGAGAGGCUGUGAGUGGAUAACUGACCUCAUGGAUAAUUAUACCAUGUACUUUGGCCAUGUUUUGGCCAACAGUUUCUACCCGGUCCUGCAACGAGCCAUCGGGGUGGGCAGUGCCUUUGAAGGCUGGAGUCCCCGUGAGCAGGAUGUCGUCUACAGCGUGCUCAUCCCCAUGACUCCUCCCCGGGGCCACAGCUUCCACCUGGAGCUGGACAGUGAAGAGCAGAGGCACGUCAGGAACUUCCGUGUCCGCGUGCAGCUGGAGUGCACCUGCAGCAGGGAGCAGCAGGCUGAGGACAUGCUGUGCUUCCUGCACCACCCCGAGGAGGAGCUGAGCAGCAAUCAGGAUCCCAGCCUCCUAGACACCCUGUGCACCGGCUCCUACCUCGACGUGCAGAAAACUGCCCGCUGGUUUUACCAGCUGGUGAGAGCAGUCUGGCCAGCUCUGCCUCAGUCACACAACUGGCAUUUAAGGCUGAUGCCCUCCACACGCUCCUGCCAAUUCAAGGUGUCCUACGGGCAGGAAAGCUUCAGGAUUGAGCUGUUCUUCGGCGUGCGGAGAGGUGACUCAGCCAUCUUUGUGUGCAGCCAGCCUAGAGAGGCCUACACAGCAAGCACAACCUGGCCCGAGUCCUACGCUGUGGCAGAGGUUGAGUUCUUCAAGCACAUUGCCAGGCAGGCCCCCCCUGACAGCCUGCACCUCAAAUGCCUGCAGUUCUUCACCCGUCUUCCUCUGGGCUUCAGCUUUUCCACCUACACCAUGAAGACCAUUGUCAUGCACCUGCUCAACAUCACACCCGUCUCAGAGUGGCGCAGGAGAGAUCUCGUGGUACGACUGCUGGAUAUCAUCAACAGCCUGCACUUAUGUCUGCGAGCAAAAUGCCUCCACCACUUCAUUGUGGGCAACCAGAGGCUUCCUCAGGACAUCAACUUACCCGCAGAUGUCCAAAGAGCUGAGCCAUACAAUCUCCUCCAGCACCUGGCCCAGCAACCGGCUGCCCACGCCCAUGCGCUCUAUGAGUACCACAUUCUCUACAAGUGGCCCUUGCCAACAGCCCCUCUGCAGGUCUCUGCUGGCUCCCGGGCAGGGACUCAAAGGCCGCAGGAAGGUGCCCCUGGAGAAGGCCCUGGAGAGCGCUGGGGCCAGGAGUGCCGCCAUGAGGGCAGCAAGCGGGGCCUGGCCUGUCCGUGCCUGCGGCAGGGCGCAGGGCGGGCGCUCGGGCCCUGCCAGCUGCAGCUGGGAGCUCUGCAGGGCGGCCGGCAGAGAGCCGUGGGCUCCCGCAGCUCUGCGGCCCUCACGGCUGAGGCAGCUGCCCAGGCACAGCCCGCUGGGGACACGCGGCCGGCCCGGGGCCACCCGCAGGGGGACCCUGCUCUGGGGCCAGCCCAGGCCGCAGCAGGGAGCAGCUCAUGGGGCCGUGCCCGGCCAGGGAACGGCUGUGCCCGGGAACAGGGCUCGGGGAGCAGGGCAGCAGGGCCGCCAGUGCUGGCCACACUGAGAGUGGGGCACACACGGCUGCAGUCACAGGCAGCAUCCGACAGGAACCUGCUCACUCUCUGCAGCUCCCAGACAGGAGCGUAG